AUUCCAGAACAAAAUGCAGUUUCCAUGAAAGAAGAAUAUAAUAAUGACACAUCCUCAUCCUUUAGUGAUACAUUCAAUGCAAAUAAUAAAACACCAAUUACUAAAACAGGCUUUCAUCAGCUGAUAAUCACAAAAAUAUAA